AUGUCAUCUAUCAAGAUUUGUGAUGUCUCUACGACAGAAGGUCUUACGGCCAUCGAAAAUCCUCAUGAAGUGGUCACAAGACUCGUGAAUGAGGACAAAACACGAUGGUACCGUAAGGAGAAUCUUAGACGCCUCUACUUGUUCCUGGUCCCCUCUGCAGUUGGCAUUGAGAUGACUUCAGGCUUCGACGCUAGCGUCCUAAACCGUCUCCAGGCGGUGGAGAAAUGGAAUGAAUUCUUGCAGACGGGCGCUAAAAAUCGUUCUUCGGGCAUACCAUUUGCCAUUACUGGUGCCUCUUCGCUUCUCGCCGAGAUCUCGUACCCGAAAGAGAGAGCAGUGGUUGUGGACUUGUUCCACGAGACUUGGUACGCAGUGCGAAUUAUCGCGGCGGGCAUCACUCUGGGAACCUUCAACCUGCCUAACCACUGGAGCUGGCGGAUCCCCACGCUGCUACAAAUCUUUCCGUCGGCGUUGCAGGCCACGUUCUCUGUUAACGGUUUUUCGUCGUUUAGGUUCGUUCCCGAGUCACCCCGCUGGCUGAUCGCAAAGGAGCGCUACGACGAAGCCCUCAAGAUCCUCGCUACUUACCACGCCGAAGCUAAUACCCAACGCGUCUUCAUCGCUAUCGGCGUCGGUCUCUUCGCCCAAUGGUCAGGCAACGGCCUCACAUCGUACUACCUAGCCAAAAUCCUCGCGAGCAUCGGAAUCACCAGCCGCCUCGCCCAGAGUCAGAUCAACCUCGGCCUCAUGUGCUGGAAUCUCAUCACAGGCGUCGCCGGCAGCAUGGUCCAGCAUUAG